GUUAAUGAAAUUUACAUUCAUAUUACCCAUUACAACACUUAAUUAAAUUUCUGACUCUGCUCUUAAUGGAUGCAAUUUCUCUAAUUAUCAGCAUAAAGGCUCUUCCAAAGUGAUUUCAUAUGUGAGUUAUGAUGAAAAUUGCUUGAAAUUAGUCUAAAAAAUUUAUUGAAACUUGUGAUUAAUAUAUAUAUAUAUGUAUAUAUAUCUUCUGCUCUCUCCAUCCUUAACCCCUUCAAUUCAUCACCUCCACGGGGCCAACUCGAUCGUUUCUUGAAACGAUCAAUUGUUUCCGACCCAUAGUCAAUGGCCUAAGGCAUAACAUGAUGAACGUGUUCAACAAACGACCUGUCGUUUCUUCAAACAACCGGUGUUGGGCUGCUAGUGGUAUUUGCUCCAAAGUUCAAACAGAAUGUCCUUGCUCUAAGCGUCGUCGUUUCCUCAAAUUAUUGGCGCUCUGUACUUUCAAAUUUUUGGUUUUAGGUUUGUGCUGAAAAAUGGCGAGACGAAGAGUUAAAAAGACGGUAAAAGAAGCUGCAUCGUCACCUGAGUCAACUGUUGAUGGUAAUCACCCCCAAAUUGAAGAAAAAGAAACACAAGUGCCAUUGAUAGAUCAGGAAGUUGAGCGCCAAAGUGCUGCAAUUAGGGCUAUGCGUGAUGUGGAGAUUGAACAUUCACUAACUGGGUUGCGUUUGCUUCGCUCCUAUUUUAACGAGGGACAACUUCAAACCCCUGUUCUCCACUUCUUCAAAGAAAACCUUCCAAACUUGUCCAUCAUAAAAAAUGGGAAGAAUGCACAAUUCGAAGUCCAAUGGAAUGAUAAAGAUGAUAAUUUAUCUAUGAGCGAAGCUCCUGGCGGAAGAGACUUGCAUGCUUCUCUUUUACAUCGUUUGUCAAUAGCUUAUUCUGACUGCUCUGUCAUCCCAUCUCUUGGUGGCAUUGAAUUAUCAAGUGAUGCAGGCAAUGGCGAAGUUUUCUUGUCCUUUUUUUGUGCAAAUAUGAGAAUUGACAUUUGGUUUCUUUUGGUUUUAUCUAAAAUGGUUUGCUUGAUUGGUGGCAGUGGGAACCAGCCUGUUAGGUGUGGAAGAAAAUGUUUACUUGUAAAGUGUUUGCUGGAUGAAAAACCUGAAACUAUAGCAGAUUUCUUGGGUACUCAAGCAACCCUUGGCCCUGACAAGAAGAAUUUUAGCAUUUCCUGCCUUUUCUCCUUCUGUCUUGAUCUGGCAGAAGAAAAAUAUGUUCUCUUUUUGAGGUUUCAGCUCAAUGUUUUGGAAGGGCCAUCUGAUUCUCAGAUGCUUGGGGAUGGUCUGCGAACUCCUGGGGCGACCAGCCAGAGGUUGUCUAUUGGGAUGACACCCAAGACUCUAAGGCUGCCUAAACCCGGUGAGAUGCUUCUCUCUGUGCGUGGCUCACCACUUGGCGUUUACAAGGAAGAUAACAUGGAAGCCAUACAGGAGUCAGAAGAGGGUUGAUUGGCUCCAUGCCAUUCAGUUAAGAGUUAAAAAGUAUGACGCAUUUGGCAGCUGAAGGUUGGUCUGAAUGUACUUUCAUCGACUGUACAAACAUCUAAUGUAUAAUACAAGAAGCUGUACUUCUUCCAAUGUGCAGUUGUCUUCCGGCAUAACCACAAUCCUUAGUCUUGUAAGUUAAGGAUCUGUUCAAAUAAACUGUUUACAUGCUUUAUUAUUUACAGAAAAUUGGAUAUUUCAGCAA